AGUUUUUAAACAGUCGUGUCUUGAAAAGAUACAAGAUGUGUUGUUUUGUGUGAAUUUUUUUGUUAAAGAUAGAUCAUUUAACAGAAUUAUGUGUUAUUGUGUGUGAUAAUGAGUGAUAGUUUAUAAUUUUACUGGAAUUUUGUGGAAAACCGGUGAUAAAAGAUGGCAGAAAUAAUCUUCCAACGACGAAAGCCCGCGCUGGUUUGUGAGCCAAAUCCGCUCAUUAUCCUGCUUAUUCUGGGGAUAGUUCAGAUAUGUCUGUCCCAGGUCAUCAACAGGGCUCCUCACUUCAUGCCCCAGACUGGGGACAUGUCCCAGUUCAGCGUUGCUGAGGAUACUGCCGUGGGGACGCCUGUUUAUCAAUUGAAAGGAAUUGAUCCAGAGAACAGUCGCCUAACAUAUUCCAUAUCCGGCCAGUACUUCAGUGUUGAUUCCAACACGGGUGUAGUUACGUUAGCAAAGAGCUUGGAUAGAGAGGAACAAGCGACGCUGGAAGUCAUUAUUAGUAUAACAGAUGAAGGAAUAUCAGAUGCAGAACCAAAUACAGUGUCCUUACGUCGCGUGAUACCAGUACGAGAUGUGAAUGAUAACGCUCCUGUGUUCCACAAUCGUCCAUACAUUGUUAACAUCAGUGAAGCUACACCUGUUGAUAGUGAGAUUGAGGUUUCUCCUAAGAUAUUGAUAACAGAUCUAGAUGAAGGCGAAAAUGCAAACGUUCGAGUUUCCUGUUCUAGCAAAGACAGGGGAAGUGAUGCUGAGGCUUGUUCAACAUUUAGGAUUGUUACUGACAUGAUAUCACCUAACGAAUACCAAGCGCGCAUCUACCUCGCGAGCCCGCUGGACUACGAGAGCCGCACCGCGUACGUCAUUACGCUGGAAGCGGUGGACGGCGGCGGGCGCGCGCGCCGCGCCAGCGCCAGCGUCGCCGUCGGCGUGCGCGACGUGCAGGACCAGCCGCCCGUGUUCCUCAACGCGCCCUACUCGCCCACGGUGCCGGAGAACACUAGCCCUGACACAAGUAUAUUAGAAAUAAUAGCCAAAGAUGGCGACACAGCGAAUCCUCGACCAGUUUUGUUGACCCUUGAGGGCGAUGUACAAUCAUAUUUCAAGUUGCUGCCCGAGAGACCAAUUGGCCGUGCUAUUCUGACUACGACAAAUACCCCUAUUGAUAGAGAGAGCGAUAUUAUAGUGCAAAAUGGUGGAGUUUAUACUUUUAAUAUUAAGGCCACAGAACUCAUAAAUAAUGAAGUGCCAUCAGAUUUUACGGUUAUUCCAGUUACCGUAAUUGUUACCGAUGUUGAUGAUCAUGUACCGAUUUUUAAUAAAGACACAUUUGACAUAUCGAUACCGGAAAAUAUUGACAAUGGCAGCCCUAUACCCGGUUUAUCGAUAUACGUUGAAGACAUUGAUUUAGGGCAAAAUAGCAAAUAUGACUUGAAACUACGCGAUGUCUUUAACUCUGAAGGUGUAUUUGCUUUAACUAAUGAACACGGUGAAGGUAGAACACCAAUAAGCGUUAAAGUCAAAGAUUCGUCCAAGCUAGAUUAUGAUGUUGAUGAUGAAGAAAAAAGACUGUUCAGUUUCGAUAUUGUUACAUCACUACACGAUAAAGAAUUAUCGUCAGCGAGAGUUAAUGUCAAGUUAUUAGAUGUCAAUGAUAACGCUCCGGUAUUUGAAGAACAACAAUACAAACUGAACGUUCUAGAAAACGCUACAGUCGAUACUAAAAUUGGUGAUAUCAGAGCAACCGAUAAAGAUUAUGGAAUAUUCGGUGAAAUCGAGUACACUUUAAGCGGUUUUGGCGCGAAUUUCUUUAAAACAGAUAAAAACAAAGGUGGAAUUUACGUAGCAAGAGAGCUAGACUAUGAAAGUCAGAAGAGUUAUAGUUUAACGUUGUUUGCCAAAGAUGGCGGCGGUAAAGGAUCGACUACUAGUGUUUUUAUUGAUGUGUUGGAUGUAAAUGAUAAUGUCCCACUUUUUGAGGCGUCUGAGUAUAGUCGAACGAUACGAGAUGGCGCUACUAGCUUCGAACCGCAACUGGUUAUUCGAGCAAGCGAUAUAGACGGGCCUACUCAAGGAGGGGGACGCAUUCGCUACUCCCUCGAAUCAGAUAACAGUAUAGCACACAAGGGACAAGUGUUUACCAUCGAUGAGCAAACCGGGGAACUGGAUAUAGUGCAGAAAGUGGAAACUAUGGACACACCACGUGGACAGUAUGAACUGGUUGUUAGAGCUACUGAUUAUGGUACGCCACCGCUUUUCAACGAAACUCGCGUGUUCAUUCGCGUAGGAGUGCCCGGGAACCAACGGCCUACAUUCAAAGGAAACUAUCAUCACUACAAAUACACUGUUAACCAAAAGAAUGACGUCACUGACGAUUUUACUUUUGACCUUAAUCCAAUGAACUAUAAGGCAAAUAUUAGAGAAGACGCGAAGCCGGGAGACAAUGUUACUAUGGUUGUAGCGAAUGAUCCAGAUGGAUUGGAUGAUUUAUUAACGUAUCAUAUAUUAAGUGGAUCGAAAGACAAUUUUGUUAUUAAUGAGAAAACAGGUCUGAUAACAGUAUCAAGCGAUGCGAACUUAGAUCGCGAUUUAAAUACUGACCGAUACGAAAUCAUAGUAUCAGCUGUUGAUAGUGGAAGACCUGCGCCAGAAACAGCUACUACAACCGUCUUCGUUCACAUAUCGGACGUUAAUAAUAAACCUCCAGUUUUUAACAUCACACAAACAACUACAUACAUAUCAGAAAGAACGCCUAUCAACGAAACUGUUACGAAAAUUAUUGCACACGACACAGACUUGACAGCAAAGCUGAAAUACUCCAUAACAGAUCCCAUCAAAGCGUUUUCUAAAGCUGGUGUUCAAUUAAAACCAAAUGCGAACUAUGAUUAUAAAAACCUCUUUCGUAUAGAUGAAGACACUGGAGAUAUAUUCGUUAAUGGGACUCUAGACUAUAGUCAGGUUUCAAUAGUUAUACUGACUAUUAAAGUAGUCGAUGUAAAUGCAGAGUUGAAUAAAGAGCAAUUCGCAACAACAGAACACACUAUUUAUAUACAACCUUACGCCGACGAUAAUCCACGGUUUAUGAAUUCUGGUUGGACGAACUCUAAUCCAUUAAUUUACCACAAAAUCAAAGAAGAACAGCCUAUUGGCAGCACUGUGCUAGUUCUGAUGGCUGAAGACCCUAUAUCAAAUUCUAAAGUGACAAAUUUCAAAGUGGUUGACUCAGAAACUGGUUUAUUACAAGUGGAUCCUUUUAGUGGCCAAGUUGUACUAACGAGGCACUUAGAUUAUGAAGAAUUAAAGAGUCCUAAUUUAACACUAACUGUACAAGCCAUAGGUAGUGACGAAAGUAAGCAUAAUACAGCGAAAGUUGUUAUUGAAGUGAUUAAUAUAAAUGAUAAUGCUCCAGUGUUUGAAAAAGAGUUGUACAAAGUCAGCGUGCUAGAAUCGAUUCUUUACCCCGAAACAGUGGUCACUGUUAAAGCGAAUGAUAAAGACGCAGUGUUAACUAAACAGGACGAGCAAAAUGGAUAUUCCGACGUACGAUACAUGUUGAGGGGAGAAAAUACUGAGCUGUUUGUGAUUAAUAACAAAACAGGGGAAAUACAGGUAGCCCCAAAUAAAACGCUAGACCGCGAACGUCAAUCUGUCCUCCGUCUGGAAGUGGAAGCGAUCGACGGGCCGGCUGCUACUGAGAGACUGAGAUCCACCACUGCGGUGCUGAUUGAUGUACUGGAUGUGGAUGAUAACUCGCCGACGUUUGAGAAAACUGUGUAUACCGCGGUAGUUCCUGAAAAUGUCCCGAUUGGCAUCAGUGUCGUAAAGUUGCUAGCUAUCGACCCUGAUGAAGGUCUGGGAGGCGAGAUUAAAUAUGAAUUCCUUGAUGAGGGCGAAGCGAAUGGCUUAUUCACGAUCGACCCAUCAACUGGUGAAGUAAAAACAAAAAAGGAGCUCACAGGUAGAGGUCGUACCGAUCCCUAUCGGCUAUUAGUUGGGGCAACAGAUGGAGGAGGUCAUUCAGGAGAUGCUUCUCUUGCAAUUUAUAUAGGGGAUGUUAGUGCUAAUGAUGGAGUACCUAGGUUUAUACGUCCAGCGGAAGGCGAGGAUAUCUACGUAAGCGAGAAUGCCACAAUAGGCUCGAUGGUGUAUCAAGUAGUGGCUAGUGACCCAGAUGAUCCGACUCAGCCUGCUGGACAGUUGUCUUACCGAAUACAACGCACUGAAGAUGCUGCUGUGUUUGCUAUCGACCCGGAGAGUGGCGUCAUAACGAUACGCCAGCCCUUAGACCGCGAACGCAAAGCGUCAUACACACUAGUACUCGUCGCACAAGAUGGCGGCUCGCCGCCGCAGCAGCGCACGCGCAUUGUUACCGUGCGAGUGACCGAUGUGGACGAUCAUAAACCGCAUUUUGCUAGACAUCUGGAUGCUCCGCCAGUAUUAAUGACCACGAAAGAAGAAGUUCCUAUUGGCUCUGUGAUUGGGAAAAUUGAAGCUAUUGAUGAGGACAUUGGAGAAAAUGCGGCUAUAGAUUAUCGUAUUACUGCUGGCAAUGAACUAGAAUACGUAAAGUUACAAAGAACCAAUGAUAGCGAAGCUCUUAUAGUAGCAGCCGCGAGAUUAGACAGAGAGGCGAUGUCUAGAAUUUUGUUAACGAUACAGUGCUUCAAAUUGGGUACCAACCCGAGAUUCAGUAAGACUUACAACAGAUUGGACCCAUCAGAGAUCCAAAUAGCAAUCAAAAUACUUGACAUUGAUGACCAUCUUCCGCAAUUUGAGACGACUAACAUGACAAUUGGAGUCAGACUAAACGUAGCUAUAGGAACGACUAUAGCUCUAGUAAAAGCUAUAGAUAAGGAUCCAGAUGCAUUGCCCAUAGACUAUAAAAUAGUUAACAUGAGUUUUGAAUCGCCUAUUAAAUCGAAGUCUUUGAAUAAUAUAACAGAUGUCAUUGUGGUUAACGAUACAACUGGAGAGUUGAGGAUUAUGAAGAAUCUGAUACAUUAUGCUGAUGGGAUAUUUAGGUUAACAGUACGAGCAAAUAAUUCCGAUGAUCCAGAAAGAUUUAGCGAUCUGCACGUUGAAGUGGUGGUAGUACGUGAGAGAGAUCUAUUGAGACUAGUGUUGCCGAAUGGCCGCGCGCGCUUGGCGGCCCUCAAGGAAAGCAUAUCGAAAGUUCUAGAGUUGAAACAACUCAAGUUGCAAGUGCAUGAUUCCACGCAUGACGCCUUCAACGAUAAUAUGGGGCCGUGCUUCCAGUUCCGCACGCGGGCGGGCGCGGCGCUGACGCCGCAGGCGAUGAAGGCGACGAUCCGGUCGCUGGGCGCGCAGUUCCAGCGCGCGCUGCAGCAGCACGCCGUGCGCAACAUCACGCGCUGCGGCGCCGCGCCGCGCGCCGCGCACUCGGCGCCGCAGCGCGCGCUGCUGGCGCUGGCCGCCGCGCUGCCGCCCGCCGCGCUGCUCGCGCUGCUCGCGCUCUGCUGCAUGCACUCCGCCGCAAAACGCCGCAUGCGCGCUUCGUUGCUGGCCUGCCGAGAAGCCCCUACAACCAUAUCUCAACCAACAAGACUAUAUGCGGAACCAUUAUAUUCUACGUGACGUAAUCAAGAACUUUAAUAAUAAAUUCUCAAACAAACAAAUACAAAUAUAAAAGGAAAUAGAUUUGUAUCGAAUCCUGGAUUAUCCUGGUCGAUGAUAAAAUCAUAAAAAUCAGUCAGGGAAUAGUGAUAAAUGUCUGGAAGAUAAAGAUUUUUUGUUAGUCACGAAAAAUACUGCCUUUGUAAAUUAAAAAUAAUAGCCUGAUAUUUCUCAAAUUUUGUAUGCAGUUUAUAAUAUUGAACUAACCAUUGUCCGGGGAUCACAUAAGCGAAGCGACCUGCAACUAUAUAAGAAAUAGACUUGUGUGACUCAAAAGACACAUGUUAAAAAAUAGUACUAUUUUUAGUGAUAAUGUCAAUUAGAAAAAAAAAUGUCACCUGCAUUGAAAUUAAUAAGAAAAGACUUAUAAAUUACCGUCCGUAUUGUAGGGUUGUAAAUAAUAGUACAUUAUAGUAUUUACUUAAAUCUAGUUUAUUUUUAAGAAUAUCUUCAAACUAUUAUAAUAUAAAUGAGCCUCGUAGAUAAAUACUCGGUUUUGGUAAUAUUUACACCACACUUUCAGUACAAAAAAGGCCAUUUAUGAAAGUUCAAUGUAAAAUUAUAUUAGUACAAAAUAAAAUAUCUAUAUUUUUUUUCACUUCAGACAAUUUUACAAAAUGUUGUGCAUUUUUUAACUUAUUCGAAAUCGGUGCGAAAUAUAUACAUCGAUUAUAUUACGUAUAUUUAGCACUGAUUUUGACAAAAAGAUAUGUUAUUUUUUAUUUGCACAAUAUUUAGAUAUUAUAUUAUUCUUACAAUUUAUUAUAAUAUCGAUUUAAAUGUUAUCGACACAACUCAAAUUCAAUAAAAUUAGUAAUUGUUAAGUCUUAGAUGUAGUUAAUAAUUAUUUUCAUACAAAUACAAAUUAUCAAUUAUAUAAAUUUUACAUUGUAAUUUAUACAUUUAAUAUGUACAAUAUUUUUAUUACAACAGUAAUAAUUCAAUGUUAGCUUGAAGUCAGUCACAUAUAUCAUAUUUAUUUGUACUUUUGUAAAUAAAGUUAUACACCAUGU